GGAAACCCACAGGUGGGACUGCCCAGGUCGUCACACAGAACCUUGGAAGUAAACAGUCAAAAUCUCAUAUUAUACAGAGUUGCCAUUGUUAUCCAGUUUUGGACCUGUGUGUCUAGAUGCAGUUGCAGGCGCAGUCCGUCAGUGAAGAACACACGUACGUCUUUUGGUGCUGAGUGUUACUACUGUUAGAACAACACCAGGCAGGAAAGGCAGAACAUCGGGUCAGGAUGCGGGGCGACAUGCUGGUCUGGUUGGCGGCAGUGUGUGUGCUGGCGGACUUCGGGCUGCAGACAGCGACCACCAACGCCCUCCAAGAGAGUCUUCCUCUGUUGGAGAGACUCGGUAAUCAUGUUAACAGUGUGAGGGGCAACAGGGUGAAGCGAGCUAAGCCGAGCAAUGGAGGGAAGCCGCAGCAAGGAACACAGAAGGAAGGAUCCAGUUCCAUUAACUGUAAUCAGCGCAAGAAUCGAGACAGACCAGAGUGUCAGGAAGUCCAGCCUCCCAGUAAUGGUGUUAUCGAGCUAUCGCAGUCGCUUCCGUGGGUGGAAGAUGUGGCAAAGGGUGGCCAUGUUCUGGAGCUCACCGGCUUGCCACGAACUCCUGCCGGAGUGAUGGGGCGAUACCUUCUUGCCAUUGACAGACCUGAUGUGGCUCAUCAGAACUGCCGAACCCCCCGCCAGGAGCCUGGGGUGUGCCGGUACCUGCAGCACUGCAUCCUGCCCGAGUUCUCCUCUAGUUACGAGGCCUUCCUGGGUUACGCUUGCGUUAUCGAAGAUACGUACUUGGGAGCAUGCUGCCCGACUGGUGACACCGGCAGCAGCUUCUUGUUAUCAUCCACCACGCCGCGUGCCACCACGGCUGCCAGUGAGAUUCAAGCGUGCGGGAGGGUCCCCAACACCAGGACUGUAACGAGGAUCGUCGGGGGCCAGCCUGCUGAUCCCCAGGAGUGGCCAUGGAUAUCAGCACUGUUGAGGCCUGGUGACUCUCAGUUCUGCGGCGGCACGCUCAUCACUAACCGACACGUUCUGACAGCAGCUCACUGCAUCACGCCUUUCAAUGCGAGUGACAUCACGGUGCGCCUUGGGGAGUACACCUUCGACACCAACAACGAAACUCUGCAUUCUGACUUCACUGUAGCUUCGGCGAAAGUUCAUGAGGAAUACGAUGAUGUCACUUACCACAACGACAUCGCCAUCAUCACCUUGGAGCGAUCCACUGACUUCAGCAAUGACGUGUGGCCCAUUUGUCUCCCCGCCCAGGAUGAGAAUUACGAAGGAAUGCAGGGGACGGUGAUUGGGUGGGGCACCAUUUACUUCAGUGGCCCGGUCUCCUCUGUACUGUUGGAGGUGACAGUGCCGGUGUGGACCAACGAGGAAUGCACUGCCAGCUACCCUGACAGGAACAUCACGCAGAGGCAAUUGUGCGCUGGCGGCAAGGAAGGUGGUAAAGAUUCCUGUCAGGGAGAUAGUGGUGGGCCCUUCUUGAUAAAACGCGUCAGUGACCAACGGUGGAUAGUAGCGGGAGUGGUGUCUUACGGUCUGCGCUGUGCUGAGGCACAGUAUCCUGGUGUGUAUACCCGAGUCACAGAGUAUUUGGAUUGGAUUCGACUCAACACGGCGUAAGCAUGCCAGACUGUUUCAGUCCCACUUGCUGGCUGAUCCUCUGCCUUUACAAAUCAGAAAAUAUGAGAACGCAAAGAAUCAACAGCGUAAAUCUAUACUUGUCGCAUCUUUUCAAAUAAAGAUGAAGGAACAUAUAUAAGAAACAAAAGAAA